CUCCCAAGCUCUGCCCAGCGGUUGCGAUUCUGCGUCUCGGCUCACCUCAAGCCUCUGUCAAUUUUGGAUAAGUCCAAGCUAAGAACGACAACGCACACAAACGGGCAGAAAACGUGUCACAAUGUCGACAGGUGCCAACCUCGAGGUCGUGGAGGCCGCGCGAGCGGACUACCCUGCCAUCGAGAAGGGCGUCGACGCCGGGAGGAAGCCCGGGGCUUACACGGGCGACAUGGCCGACGGUCGGGACUCCCACGACACGCUCGGCGGCCCCAACGGUGAUGUGUACCCUACCGAGGAGGAGCUCCUCACGCUGCGUCGCACGCACGGCAAGGUGGACUGGCUGAUUUACAGCAUCGGCUUCGUCGAGAUGUGCGAGCGUUUCGCGUACUACGGCACGACGGCGGUGUUCGUCAACUUCAUCGCGUAUCCCCUCCCGCCGGGCUCUACGACCGGCGCGGGCGGCACUCAUGAGCAAGCCGGUGCCUUGGGUCUGGGACAGCGAGCUUCGACCGCCCUGACCCUAUUCAACAGCUUCUGGUCCUACGUUAUGCCUCUGGUCGGUGGUUACCUUGCCGACACGUACUGGGGCCGCUACCUCACGAUCCAGUGGGCCAUCGUCGUCGCCACAUUCGGCCACAUCCUCAUCAUCGUCGCGGCCGUGCCCUCGGUCAUCUCGAACCCGAGCGGCGCCCUCGCGGCCUUCAUCAUCGGCCUGGUCUUCUUCGGCACCGGCGUCGGCUGGUUCAAGGCCAACAUCUCGCCCCUCAUCGCCGAGCAGUACGAGCUCACGCAGCCGCGCGCGACGGUCCAGACGAUCCCGGGGACGGGCGAGCGGGUCAUCGUCGACCCAGUCAUGACCAUCUCGCGCGUCUACAUGCGCUACUACUUCCUCAUUAACGUCGGCGCCCUCGUCGGCCAGGUCUCCAUGGUCUACGCCGAGAAGUACGUCGGCUUCUGGCUCUCGUACCUGCUGCCCACCAUCAUGUUCUUCUUCUGCCCCGUCGUCAUGCUCGCCUGCCGCAAGCGCUACGCCAAGAGGCCGCCCACCGGCUCCGUCCUCGGCAAGUCCAUCGCCCUCAUCGGUUAUGGUCUCAAGCAGGGCGGCGGUCUCGCCGAGAUGCGCAAGGACGUCUUUUGGGAGCGUAUCAAGCCCUCGCACGUCGCCACCAAGCCUGCGUGGAUGACGUUCGACGACGCAUGGGUCGACGAGGUCCGCCGCGGCGUCAUGGCCUGCACCGUGUUCCUCUGGUUCCCCGUCUUCUGGCUCGCCUACGGCCAGAUGACCAACAACCUCAUCAACCAGGCGGCCACGAUGCGCCUCGACGGCAUCCCCAACGACAUCAUCACGAACCUGAACCCCUUCGCGCUGCUCAUAUUCAUCCCCAUCUGCGACAAGGUCAUCUACCCGGCCGUCGAGCGCGCGGGGCUGCGCUUUACGCCCAUCAAGAAGAUCGCGCUUGGCUUCCUCUGUGCUACGCUGUCGAUGGUGGUGGCCGCCGUCAUCCAGCACUUCAUCUACCAGCGGGCGCCGUGCGGCUACGGCGCCAGCGACACGGAUUGCAUCCGCGAGAACGGCCCGCCGGACAUGACGGUCUGGAUCCAGACGCCGUGCUACAUUCUCAUCGCACUGAGCGAGAUCUUCGCCUCCAUCACGGGGCUGGAGUAUGCCUUCACCAAGGCGCCCAAGAACAUGCGCGGCCUCGUUACGGGCGUCUUUUGGUUCGUCCACGCUUUCUCGAGCGCCAUCGCCCAGGCCUUUGUCGGCUUGGCUGCCGACCCGUUGCUUGUGUGGCUGUACACCUGCAUCGCCAUCAUUAGCUGCUUGGGGGGCGUCGGGUUCUGGCUCAUGUUCCGCAAGCUCGACAAGGAAGAAGACGCUCUCAAUGCGCUGCCGGAGAGUACCUACAAGGGAAGGGGAGAUGCUGAACCUGAGAGCAAGGCGGUCUAGCAAACUCUGAUUGUGCGUGGGGUGGAGGCUGUGAUGUGAUGAUGGUUGAGAUCCGACCACGGUAUCUAUCUACCAGAGCGUGCAAGUGCGAGAAAGUGGAAAGGCGGGAAUCGCGUUUCGCGCAUUCAUAUGAGUGAUCAUCCCGAUGUGACAUUCCAAGAGACCAACCGGUGCUGUACAACACAAUCUUGAAUCGAUACGGUCUGGUGAUGUCUGUCAAAGCAUGACACCCAGUGAAGGACCUUGGUCUCAGCAGGUACCUAUUCGCUAGUCCACAUCAAUGACACAUUUGGGCAUGCCAUGUCGUCCUAGAAGAAGAUGAAUGAAACCAUAAGUCUUGCGCGGUCUAUUCAGUUUGAGUUUGCACUACUCCAUGUAAUUCCAUCCUGGGCAGACUCCCCCGGAGCCGUUACCAAGCCUUCGACCCAUCACCCAGGGUUCCAAACACCCCAUAUCCAAUAACCCUGGUAUAUCCAAUCUAACGCCUUGCUGCUGCCCUGUGUCCUGGCUUCUCGGCUAUUAACGCCGUACACACACGGUCUCU